UCUGAGCGUUUUGUGAUGCAUGCUACUUCCGGCUGCUGCUAGUACCUCGUGACCGUUUCGCGCUCAAUUUUCAAAUCUGAACCAACCCAGGCUCGCGGUGCUGGGGCAAAAGUCGUUGGCCUUAGCUAACCGUAAGCAAGCGAACUAGGUUUAUUUUCGAAAAUAAUCACGUUUAUUAGCAAAUCUUAUACAAUGGCAACUUGUGCCCCUGAUCCUUUGUAUCCUCUGGAAGAUUUUCAUGAUGAAACAGCACAGAAAGCAAGCAAGGAACAUUUUAAAAUACCGGUCUCAAGUGAGAUGGCCCAUGAAAAGGCCCAGUCUCAUACCAGUACUAUUCCGAACAGUGAGGUGCCAAGCUAUGAUGAUGGUUCAACAUCAUUCUCUGCUGCUGACGCUCCUCAAAUCGUAAGGAAUAAAGUCCCUACGAGAAGGAAACUUCUGGCGCCAAAUCCUGACAGCGAAGAGCCAUUUGAUGCUAAAGAGGCCGAAGUCUUGCCACAAAUCUUCAUCUCCAACAAGAAAUACACCUACGAUGAACGUGUUGCUCUCUUUUGCGAUCAUAUUAUUGGCCAGUGUUGUGCAGAAGAUGCAGAUGAAGCUAUAAGUUUCUACAUAAUAGAAAAACUUGCCAACAAACGCUCUUGGACUGCAGUGUGGAAAACUUCCCCAGAAGUCCUGUUGGUAAACUGCGAUAUUGGGGACCUGCCAUUCGUGGGUGUGCUUGUCGACGUCAACUGUACACCAUGCGAAGGAAAAAGCCUCCCUCUUCGAGUGUCCGUUUCUGUGGCAGAACCAUAUUCCUCAAACAUUGCCAACUUACCAAGAGAGUUGGUUGAAGAUGUGUUGAGGGAACAUGACUACUCUGUGCCAAUCUUGGAUGUCUACCCCAUACAAGGCAUGGGAGCUGAUGUAGACAACAUUGCAGAGUAUCUGGAACAUGCAAGGUUUUUCUACGAUUUUCUCUGGAGGGACUGGGAUGAUGAGGAGGAAUGUGACGAGUACGCAGGACUCAUUGAGAAACGCAUACAGCUGUAUUAUGACAUUCAGGAUGGAACCAUCCCUGGUCCAAUCAGCGAGCGAUACCGCAAGACCCUGGAGGAGUACCGAAGCAAACGACUGGACUUGACAAAAUUCCAGACCAAAAUCCGUGGGGAGGCCUUACCAGGGGAGGCUGUGGAGUGCUGGAAAAAGUACUACGAAAUGUCAAUGCUUUGUGGGCUCCUGAAGUUCUGGGAAGACCUGCGACUCAGGAGCCAUGGACCCUUCUAUCCAAGGAUCUACAAACGCAGAAAGGGGCAGAGAACAUCUGGAAGGAUUGUGACACACAUUGUUGCCCAGAUAAUGACAACAGACAUGAUCAAGAACUUCUCGGCGGACACUCUGAUCCAGCAGCAUGACAGUCUGUCAGCCGCUCUGGACUCCUGCUUCUCUGGGGACACGGUGGUGGUCUUCCCAGGAGAGUACCACGCAGUUGCACUGGCAUCCCUCACAGACGACAUCACAAUAAAGGGAGAAGGAGAAAGGAAAGAGGUGCUGUUCUACUCUGACCCAUCCCAUGACAACUUUGUGGCGUCCAAAGCCUCCAAGGUGAUGCUCAUGAACCUGACAUUGGUGCAGCAUGGAACCUGUGAUGGCAUUGUUGUGGUGGAGUCGGGACAGUUGACCCUGGACAACUGCGUGUUGAAGUGUCAAGGCACAGGAGUGUGUGUCCUGACUGGAGCCUCUCUGCUCAUGAAAAACUGUGAGAUAUCUGGUGCAAAGGGUGCAGGGGUGGAGUUGUACCCUGGCAGCAUUGCAGAGCUGCAUCGGAAUGAAAUCCAUCACUGCAGCAACCAGCUGGCGAAAGACUCGAAAGGUUCACAGGGCGGAAUCAAUCUCAAGGUUCUCCCUCAGCCCCAGCUGAAGCUGACCGACAAUCACAUUCAUGAUAACCACGGGUAUGGCGUGACCAUUCUUGUUCCUGACAAUCUGUACAAAGCGAGUGAGGACUUGGAGCAGACAGCCAGUGGGGACAAGAACGAGACAGAUUAUCUUUCCAAGGCCCUGCAGAAACUCAGUUUGGAGAUCACCACAAACAAACUGGAGUCAAACACCAAGGGCGAUAUAGGAUUGCUGCGCAAAAUGUGGGUGAAUUCCUGAGUCUAGGAUUGCAGCAUAAAUGUGUUGUACACAAUAGUUAAAACAAUUUAAGUAACCAGACUGACAAUUUUAUUGGAUGUAGCUGUUGCUCAGUAUAUUACCAUGUAACAUACGUUUGAUUUGUUUCAAGUGUUAGAUUAUAUUUCUGUUCGUAUCCAUUUCAGAGAAAGAUCCCAGCUUUUGUAUGCACUAGCCCUAUUAACAAACGUGCACUUUUUGAACAUUUCAAUAAAAUGUGUUAUUCAAAAUGAA